UCCCUGAUGUGUUGCAAAGCCAGACCUUGCCUAGUUUCUGUUUUCUUGCCUUGGUCCUGCCCUGCACCAAGCCUUGUUCCAGGUAAUUCAGUUCUGACCCUUGGCUCUGGCAUCUGGCUUGUGACUCUGGUUCUGACCCUACCUUUCCUUUCCUUUCCUCGUGCCUGACUCCUGCUCUGACGGCGCAUAUGCUGAUUCUUGACACAGGGCAUAUACUGGAAACAAAGUCUAUGCACAGCAGAGCAAAUCUACUCCGGCUGCAGCCUUCCUUCUUGCUGAGAGGGGAUUUUUGUGAUACAAGGUCCAAGCUGUUAGCUUCAUGACUGCGCUGAGCAGGGAAUCGCCAACACCAUGCGAGCACAAAUUGAAGUGAUACCAUGCAAAAUUUGUGGAGAUAAGUCCUCUGGAAUACACUAUGGAGUCAUCACAUGUGAAGGCUGCAAGGGUUUCUUUAGGAGGAGUCAGCAGAACAAUGCCUCUUACUCCUGCCCCAGGCAGAGAAACUGUUUAAUUGACAGAACCAACAGAAAUCGUUGCCAACACUGCCGACUGCAGAAGUGUCUUGCCCUAGGAAUGUCUAGAGACGCUGUGAAAUUUGGAAGAAUGUCCAAAAAGCAGAGGGACAGCCUGUAUGCUGAAGUGCAGAAGCACCAGCAGCGAUUACAGGAGCAACGGCAGCAGCAGAGUGGUGAGGCAGAAGCCCUUGCCAGGGUAUACAGCAGCAGCAUUAGUAACGGCCUGAGCAACCUGAACAACGAAACUGGUGGCACUUACUCGAAUGGGCAUGUCAUUGACCUGCCAAAGUCCGAGGGUUAUUAUAACGUGGAUUCUGCCCAGCCCUCCCCAGAUCAGUCUGGGUUAGACAUGACUGGAAUCAAACAGAUAAAGCAGGAACCUAUCUAUGACCUCACUUCUGUACCAAACUUGUUUACCUAUAGCUCUUUCAACAAUGGGCAAUUAGCUCCGGGGAUAACCAUGACUGAAAUAGAUCGAAUUGCACAGAAUAUCAUUAAGUCCCAUUUGGAGACGUGUCAAUAUACAAUGGAUGAACUACACCAGCUAGCAUGGCAGACCCACACAUAUGAAGAAAUUAAAGUAUACCAGAGCAAGACAAGAGAAGCAUUGUGGCAGCAGUGUGCCAUCCAGAUCACUCAUGCUAUUCAGUACGUAGUGGAGUUUGCAAAGCGGAUAACAGGCUUCAUGGAGCUCUGUCAAAAUGAUCAAAUUCUACUCCUUAAAUCAGGCUGCUUGGAAGUGGUUUUGGUGAGAAUGUGCCGUGCCUUCAACCCACUCAACAACACUGUUCUGUUUGAAGGAAAGUAUGGAGGAAUGCAAAUGUUCAAAGCUUUGGGUUCUGAUGAUCUGGUGAAUGAAGCGUUUGACUUUGCAAAGAAUUUAUGUUCCUUACAGCUGACUGAGGAAGAGAUUGCAUUGUUUUCAUCUGCUGUUCUGAUAUCACCAGAUCGAGCCUGGCUAAUAGAACCAAGAAAGGUCCAGAAACUUCAGGAAAAGAUUUAUUUUGCACUUCAACAUGUGAUUCAGAAGAACCAUCUUGAUGAUGAGACCUUGGCAAAGUUAGUAGCCAAGAUACCAACCAUUACUGCACUUUGCAACUUGCAUGGAGAGAAACUGCAGGUAUUUAAGCAAUCUCAUCCAGAUAUAGUGAAUACACUGUUUCCUCCGUUAUACAAGGAGCUUUUCAAUCCAGACUCUACCACGGGCUGCAAGUGAAGGGGAAGAUAGAAUUGUCACAUAGUCCUGGAAUGCAUCACUGUAAAGACAAAAGAAAUGUUUUCAUGAAGACUUAUUGAAAAUGUCACUACUGCAACACUAGGAAUGUCCUGCACUUAAUAGAAUUAUUUUUCACCGCUACAGUUUGAAGAAUGUAAAUAUGCACCUCUGAGUGGGGCUCUUUUAUUCUUGUCUUUCUUUUACUUCUUUUUUUUUAACUGACCAUAAAUAUACAAAUAUAGGACACUGGGUGUUACCUUUUUUAUUUUAUUUUAUUGGGGUAUGUUUUGGGAGACAACUGUUCAUAGAAUUUUAUUGUAGAUAUAAAUGAGAAUAGAGUGGUACUUUGCAGUAUUACUCUUGCUGUUUAUUGUUCAAAUAUAAUUUAAGAAAAUUCCACUUAUUACACUUGCCUAUUUCUAUGUUUUUAGAUAGUUUAAUGCAUGUGGAAAUUUAUAGCUGUCUUGGAAAUUGUUGUGCAUAUAUGAAAUAUACAUAUGUAUAUGUACUAUAGACAUAUAUAUAUAUGUAGUAUAUGCACAUGCUGUAGCUUAAAAAUCCCAUGCCUACUUUCAAAGGAUGCUCAGUCAGGCUCUCCUGCAGUUUUUACUCUCCAAGUCAUGUAUUAGAUUUAUGUUGGGCAAUCAGGAUUUUGCUCUGUGAGGCAGAGUUAAAUCCUCACUCACCAAUGUAUAACGAAAGGAUGGUAUCGCUUCUGAGAAACUUGUCAUAUAGUGUGUAUAUGCAGUAUGCAGUCUGUAAAUCAAACAUUAAGAUUGUAUCAAUGAUGCAAAAGCCUUGUCUGGAUGGUUCAAAUGGACAGAGGAAAAGUUAUUUGGAAUUUUCUCCCUGUUACGGGAAUAAAGCGUAUAUAAAAAUGAACAUGCCAGUAAAGUACCUAAACCACAGAGUCAAAAUGUAAAUUAUCCCAAAUAGAACAUUUUUGUGAAUCAGCCAAACAUUAUAUUUUAUUAGCGCUUCUUAGAGAAAUAGAUACAGGGCCCAUCUUGCUCCCAUUGACUUCAGUUGAACCAGGAACAGGCCCAAAAUAUAGCUUUGAAGAGUAAAAAUGUGACGUGGUGAUGGUGGUGCGGGUGAUGAUGACAGUGACACUCUGUCGCCAGCUAAGUCACUGUAAGCUGUUGGAUGACAAUGGAGGGUUUCCAUUUCAUAAAAAUAUAUUGCUCAGGUGCUACUAUUAGAGGUUCAGGAUAGGCAAGUGAGGGGAUGUGAUUAUUUUUUACAGAUUUGAAUUAAAAAUAGAGAUAGGCCUGAGUAGCAGCAUUCAAAUGCAAAUGUGAAUUGGUCCCAGAUCAUUCUCUCAAACCUGAGAGUGUUCAGAUCCAUGGUUUGUUUUCAUGUCUGUCUCUUUGUGCUGCAGAUACUGGGCAGAGGAGAGUGGGAGGAUACCACAAGCUGAAAAAACAGUAAUGAAGAAUGUGUUUGUCUCUCCAGAUCCAGACACAAUAGAUC